UGAUCAGGUGUGACGAUGAUCAGCUUCCAAAUGACAAGGAGAGAUUUGCAAGGGAGAAUCACAGUGAAAUAGAGCGUCGUCGAAGAAACAAGAUGACUGCCUACAUUACAGAGUUGUCUGAUAUGGUGCCCACCUGCAGUGCUCUAGCGCGCAAGCCUGACAAGCUCACCAUCCUGCGCAUGGCUGUCUCACAUAUGAAGUCUCUGCGGGGCACUGGUAACACACCCACAGAUGCCACUUACAAGCCUUCUUUCCUGACUGAUCAGGAGCUGAAACACCUGAUUUUAGAGGCAGCUGAUGGGUUCCUUUUUGUGGUGUCCUGUGAAACUGGCAGAAUCGUCUAUGUGUCAGAUUCUGUGACCCCUGUGCUUAAUCAGCCACAGUCGGAGUGGUUUGGUAGCACUUUGUAUGACCAGGUGCACCCAGAUGAUCUAGACAAGCUUCGAGAGCAGCUUUCCACAGCUGAAAAUCCCAUGACAGGUCGUAUUCUGGACUUAAAGACUGGUACAGUAAAGAAAGAAGGGCAACAGUCCUCCAUGAGAAUGUGCAUGGGCUCUCGCAGAUCAUUCAUCUGCAGAAUGAGGUGUGGAAGUGCAAUAAUUGAACCCUCCGCCAUGAACCGACUCAGCUUCAUGAGAAACCGGUGCAGAAACGGCUUAGGUCCAUCUAAAGAUGGGGAGCCACAGUUUGUGGUAGUUCACUGCACUGGAUACAUCAAAGCCUGGCCUCCAGCAGGAGUCACGUUACCAGAAGAUGAUCCCGAUGUAGGUCAAAGCAGCAAAUUCUGUCUUGUGGCCAUUGGCAGACUGCAGGUGACAAGUUCUCCAACCUGCACAGAUAUAAACACCGUCUGCCAGCCAAUAGAGUUCAUUUCCCGGCACAGUGUUAAUGGCUUGUUCACUUUUGUGGAUCACAGAUGCACUGCUACAGUUGGAUACCAGCCACAGGAGCUCCUUGGAAAGGAUAUAGUGGAGUUUGCACACCCGGAAGACCAGCAGCUACUUAGGGACAGUUUCCAACAGGUGGUGAAAUUAAAGGGUCAGGUCCUGUCUGUCAUGUUCCGGUUUCAGUCCAAAACCAGAGAGUGGCUACUGAUGAGAACCAGCUCCUUUACUUUCCAAAAUCCAUACUCGGAUGAGAUUGAGUAUAUCAUCUGUACCAACACUAAUGUGAAAAGCUCCAAUCAGGAACCUCGCCCUGCCUUGGCCAGUACAAUACAGAGGCCACCCCUUUGUCCGAGUAUCAACCACACCAUGGAUAUGGGGCAAACUACGCUUUCAGGAAGGCAGCCGCAGCCACAGGCACCACCACAAGCAGAUGUUGUGUCCCGCAGAGAGGGCUUGGGCUCCUACAACCACACCCAGGUCCCAGUGCAGCCCGUAAGCGCUGCUGUUUCUGAUCACAGCAAACCAUUGGAGAAAACAGAGAGCAUUUAUGGACAGGACAGAGACCCCAGAUUUGCUGAGAUCUACAGCAAUAUUAACUCAGAUCAGAACAAAUCAAUAAACCCCAGCGGUGUCUCUGGCAACCAGCAGCUCUUCCAACAAUCUAACACUUUCACAUCUGCACCUCGCCCUGUAGAGAGUUUCAGGAGUGGUGUGAUGGUGCCUCAGCCUGGCAUCAUUCAGCAACCUGUAUCCGCAGGGCAGAUCUUGGCCCAGAUAUCCCGUCAUACCAACCCCACGCAGGUCACAGGGACGAAUUGGAGCUCUGGCACUCGUCCAUCCUUCACUGCUCAGCAGGUACCAACGCAGACACCAAAAACUCAGGCAUCGCAGUUUGGAAUGGGCAACUUCCAGGCAACACCUUCCAACUUCAGCUCUUUGACGUCACAGAGCUCAAGCUCCUCUCCCGCAGGAGCACCUUAUCCCGGCAUGAGCAGCCGGACAAACAACUUUGCUGCAGAGGUCGCCCAACAGAGGGGUCAGUUCCAGAGCCGGGCAGCUGAUGCAGUAGGUGUGUGGCCUCAAUGGCAAAGCCAGCACCAUGGACAGAGCACAGCUGAAUCUCAUGUGUCUCAGCAGUCCAACCAAUCCGACGUUUUCCCAGAUAUGCUCUCCAUGUUGGGAGACCAGACCUCCAGCUACAGCAACGAGGAGUUUUCAGAGCUCAACAUGUUCCAGUCGUUCGCUGAGUAAAGUAGCAGUGGAUACUCCUCCUGGAACUUUCUCUUAAGAGAAUCAGUUCUGCUUUUGUACCUUUUGUCCAACAAGACUUUUCUCCUCCAAGAAGCACAAGGAAUGGAGAAAGCCUUUUGUGAUUAGGGCAUAAAACAAAAUGAAGUACUUAAACCGUAAGGGUGGAAGGAUAAUUACAGGGAUACCACAGAACUGCCUUUUAUAGAACUGCGAGAGAGGCUGAAAUAAGCCGCUCUGCAUAAACACCAGCUUUAAAUUCAUGUUUUGCCACUGCUUUAUUUUUUAUGUGGCUGAAAGCAUGAUUACAUCCCAAUUUU